AUGUAUCCCAAUCGCCAGCUGGCCUAUGCGCCAACACCCUACAUGCCACGCUCGGCACUCUCUGCGACCAUCAACCUCGACGAGGAGGUCAAGCUGUCGACAACGAAUGCCGAGCGUGACCUGAACGACUCGCUGGCCGAAAUCUACAGCAUCAUUAUCACCCUCGACGCGAUUGAGAAGGCCUAUCUGAAAGACUCCAUCGCCGAGGCUGACUACACCGAGACAUGCAACCGCCUGUUGAAGCAAUACAAGUCCAACUUGGCAAACGAUACGGUCGCCAAUGCAUUUGGGGAUCUGGACAAGUUCACAAAGGAGUGGCAUAUGGAAUGUCCUCGUGCCCUGGAGCGGCUGCGGGUAGGCAUCCCAGCUACGGUCGAACAAGGUCCAUCCAAGCCCAGCCAGCAGGGCGAUUUUGCCGACGCGACGCUGGUCAUGAAUGCAACAGAAAACUUCAUUACCUUGCUAGACGCCAUCAAGAUUGGACUCGUGGAAAAGGACACGCUGCAUCCCCUGCUUGUCGAGAUCAUACAGGCUGUGAACAAGGUGACGGACAAGGACUUUGAGAGCAAGGGCAAGAUUGUGCAGUGGCUCAUCACGCUGAACCAAAUGCGGGCGUCAGAGAAGCUGGACGACGAGCAAGCACGCGAGUUCCAGUUCGACAUGGAUCAGGCGUACUACGGCUUCAAGACGACCCUGAAGAAUAACUGA